AUUCCUGACCCAUCUCGCCCGCCCAUCUCAAGAUCUCAGCCGCCGUCUUCUCCCUCGCCCCGCCACUCCUCCCUCCCCACCGCCCCCGCUAAAACCCUAAUCCCUCGCCGCCAUGGCUGCGGCGGCGGCCGCCACCUCGCUCUUCCUCCGCCGCAAUCGCAAUCCCCAGCUCCUCCUCCUCCGCGCCGCGAUCUCCUCAUCCCGCGCGCUGCCCCAGCAGGCGGAGCUCUCCCCGGAGCCGACCGCCGCCGCCGCCGCCGCCGCCGCCCCCGACCCCGCCCCGCUCCCCCCGAACCCCAGCACGGGGAGCCCCUUCUACGGCGAGAACUGGCGCAACCCUGCCGCCGCCAACCCGCCCUCCUCGCUCCUCCCCGCCGUUGUCGGGGCCAGCCCCUUCGGGGCGCACAACCGCAUGGCGGCCUACUCCGACGCCGCGGGGCUCAAGGAGACCUUCGCCAAGUGGAUGGCGGAGCAGCGGUGGGAGGACAUGAAGCAGCUCUUCGACUCGUGGGUGCGCUCGCUCGACACCGCCACGGGGAAGCCCAACCGCCCCGACGUCGAUCUCUUCAACCACUACCUCCGCGCCAACCUCAUGACGGGGGCCAUGCCGCACGAGAUGCUCGAUCUCGCCGACCACAUGCGCGAGUUCGAGAUCGAGCCCAACACGGCCUCGUACAACCUCGUGCUCAAGAGCAUGGUCACAGCGCAGGAGGCCGAGGGCGCCGAGAAGCUCGUUGAACGGAUGCUGCAAACAGGAACCGUACCAGAUGAUGAAUCCUACAAUUUGGUCGUUGGCCUUUUGAUUAGACAGAACCUUUUUGACUCAGCUCUGAAGUAUUUGGAUCUGAUGCUUAAAUCAGGCCACACACUAUCCCUAACUAUUUUCACUGAUUAUGUCCGAGCAUGCGUGAGAUCUGGGAGAUUGGACACAUUGGCAUCAAUUAUAGAGAAAUGCAAGACAACAGAUAAGAACAAAGUCUUGUGUCCACAAUGGGCCUGGUGCAUUGACAUAGCAGAAGCUGCAUUUGAAGCUAACAAUAGCAAAUUAGCUCUUUUUGCUUUGGAAUUUCUUGCAAGAUGGAUUGUUUGUGGUGAGAAUGCUAAACCUCCCGCUCAGCUGUCAGUUAAUGAAGGUCUUGUGAUAUCAGCUCUAAGUGCUGCUGGCAGAACUUAUAGUACUGACCUCUUGAAUGCUGCUUGGUCGCUACUACGGAAGUCCCUACGCCAGAAGAGGGCACCCACUCCAGAUACAUAUCUUGCCAAGAUUUAUGCUCAUUCAUCAAUUGGCCAGCUUCAACGGGCUUUUGGUACACUGCGUGAAUUUGAAAAUGCCUACGGGAACUCCGAGGACAUUGAUCCAGAGCUCUUCUCGCCAUUUACUUCCUUGCAUCCACUUGUUGUUGCUUGCUGCAAAGAUGGCUUUAGCACACUGGAUUCGGUGUAUGUUCAAUUGGAGAAUCUGACUCGUGCGGAUCCACCAUACAAAUCUGUUGCUGCCCUGAACUGUGUUAUAUUAGGCUGUGCAAACAUUUGGGAUAUCGACCGAGCAUAUGAAACUUUUGUGGCUAUCAAGGAUAAGUUUGAACUCACUCCUGACAUACAUUCAUACAACGCCCUUCUGUGUGCGUUUGGAAAGAAGAAAAGGACAGAAGAAGCUUGUAAUGUGUUCGAGCAUAUAUUAACUCUUGGUGUUAAACCAAAUGCAACGACAUACUCCCUACUUGUCGACGCCCAUCUUGCAAAUAAAGAUCCAAAAGUUGCUCUUGCCGUAAUUGAUAAGAUGGUUGAUGCUGGAUUCACGCCUUCAAAGGAUACUCUCAAGAAGGUUCGAAGACGCUGCUCUCGUGAAUCAGACUUUGACAGUGACAAGAAGGUGCAAUCCCUGGCUAAGCAGUUCAACUACCGAAUGGGUGGCGAAAACAGGCGAGAGUUGCUUUAUAACAUAGAAUACAAUCCUGUGUACUGAAGCAGUAGCUCGUGCUCAGUUUGCUGGCAUUUGGGAAAGCAGACAUUGUAGCUUGUAAAUUAUUUUGAUGUACCAGACUCUUUAAGCAAUUUUCAGUUACCCAUCCCAUCAUUUUUGCUGGCAGGAUUGAUGUUAGGACAUGAUAAUAAGGCUGUCAUACUAUUUGUUUGUUCAGAAAUCGAAAAUGUCAGUUCUUUUUCAUAAUUAUAGUAGCAUCUUGCAUCUCA